GACUGAUACAAAAUUUCCUGCAUCCACUUGUGUUCCACCGUGAGCAAAGCCCGAAAGCCCAACCUGAGGGGAGUCUGUACUAGCCAGCGGGGCUGUUGGGAUUUGCCUGCUGACCCCCAUCCUCACCAGAGAUGGAUCCCAGGACAUCCCUCUACCUCGUGCUCAACUUCAUUGCCUGGGGUGCCUGCUCCCAGGAGAACUGUCUCUGCGCCCGUGGCUUUUGUUACGAGGGCUGGGUGCAGUAUCAAGACGCCUGCUAUAAGGCUGUGAAGGAACCGAUGAAAUGGCCUGAAGCUGAGGUGGCGUGUCAAAGCCACGGCAAGAAUUCCCAUCUGGCCUCCAUCCACAGCGCAGAGGAAAAUGACUUCAUCUUUCACCUGAUGGGCAAGCCGCUGGAUUACACUAAAGGGCAGGCCUACUGGAUCGGCGCACAUGACACUUUCAAGGAGGGGUCUUUCAUGUGGACGGAUGGUUCCAAAUACAAUUUCCGGGCAUUUCCUGCAGACCAGCCCGAUGGUCUCCCGGGAGAAAACUACCUGGGCUCUUGGACCCUGGAAAACGGCUUCGUCACCUGGAACGACUAUGGCACCAACUGGACCUUCCCGUUCGUUUGCAAAUACACCCUGCGGAACAGCUUCAGGGACCAAUCCUGGUAACAGGACGUGGUGGAAGACGCGGCCUGUAUCCUGCAGUGGAGGCUGUGUCACCUUCCUGUGCUGUAGCUUCACAUCUGGAACCAAUUACUGCUGUGUCCUUAUCCCGUCUUUUGUGUCCCGGGUAGAACUGGGCAAAUAACAGGUUUGGGGGUUUGCUGGGAAUUCUGAAAAACUGGGAGGGGAAAAAAAUGUGCAAAUGGAGAAGUGGGGGAAUCAUUUUGCACCAAACAAAAAUUUUGUUUUGAUUGUGACCAUUUAAAAACUCUUGUUUGCUUGUUUGUUUUUAAUCAGACUAAAGGCCAUUUAAAAAGGAAAAGUAGUUUCAGACCAAACACACCAAAGGUUUAGAUUUGUUCUGGGUUGGUUUUUAGUUUUGGCCGAUACACUUUAGUGAAGCCAAAACAAUUCACCAAAUGAUUCGGUUUCACCAAACCUGCAUUUUUCACCGGAAAAGGGGCUGGUCUGAAAAGUGUCACCCACCUGUAUUCCCCCUCGGUCCCAGCUGGCGGCUCCUGCUGGGAGCCACUUUCCAAUGGGAACCCGCAGCAGGCCGGAGGCCGGGGGAACAAAGGUCACAGUCUCUUUGGACUCCAGAGCCACCCAGCUGUACACUGCGCUCUCACUGGCAAGGCAUCAUUCAGCGAUUCUGCUCAUGCAAAUCUGCUUAGAGAGCUCCUUGCUCUGAUCCCUGCUUCUCUUUCUCCCGCCUCUUCCUCCUGCUUUAUACAUGUACCUGCUCAUUCCUACAAAUGUUCUGGGCCAAAACAAAAUGAUCAAUAAAAAAGCUGCGCGCCCAGAGAA